AUGGUGACUUUUGCUGUGGAUAUUGAAGCUGUGGGUACCAUUAUUGAUGCCAAGCAAGACAAUGGCUUGACAAUUGAUGAUUUUAAUCCCACCUCUGGAUCUGGUGCAGAAGGUGAUUGGGUAACUGUACUUACUAAGGCUCAAGAGCCAGCUGGAGAGACAGAAGGUGAGGAAGAAGUUUUGAUUGAUGUAGACAAGCCACAGAUCGAGGACUAUGAAUUCUCCACAAUUACAACAGUGACUGAAGAGGACCAGAUCUUGCCUGAAGAAACUCCUGAACUGAUUACUGUUAAAGCUGGAGAAAAUGGAAAUUUACAGGUUGGUAGAGAAGUGCCCACAAUGCCGCCAGUCAAAGUGGCUAAGGUAGAAUCUACCCUAAAACCUGAGGAAGACAUUUUAGUACCUGUAGAAGAAGAGAGGAAGGAGCAAGUCAACAAGGAAGAAACAGUUUUAACAGAAAUGAAAAAGGAUGAGGAAACUGAAUUUGCUGUGAUUAUAAAGGAAGAAUCGGAGGAGGUUGAAGAAGAGGAACAGAAAGAAUCUGUUGAGAGUACCACAAUGACACAAGAAGAAGAUGAUUAUGUACUAACAGAUGCUUCAGCAAUACAGUAUUCAGAGGAAAUUCUAACUGAGGAUGAGAUCAUAUUGGUCACCGUUGAACCAGCAAGCCCAGUCUACCCAACUCCUUUUUCAACUGAGAAAGAAUCACCCUUCUCCCUCAUCACCACUAUUACCCCAGCGGAGGUGGAGUUGGUGCAUACCUUAAAUUCAAAAGUCAUGACUCCAUCUCUAGAUGUGAUUCAUUACAAAGAGGAAGAUGGUAGUGGCAUCUCUGGUGUCAUCCAGGGUGUGGAAGUUUCCAGCACCGCCGUGCCAAUUAACCCCGGGCGGUCUUUGAUAGUGUUUUUCAGUCUUCGGGUAACUAACAUGAUAUUCUCUGAGGAUCUGUUUAAUAGGAGCUCUGCAGAGUACAAAGCCUUGGAGCAACGGUUUCUUGAACUGCUGGUGCCAUAUCUGCAGUCAAACCUCAGCCACUUCGAGAACCUGGAGAUCUUGAACUUCAGGAAUGGAAGUAUUGUGGUGAACAGCCGUAUGAAGUUCGGAAAGCCUGUUCCUCGUGGAGUCAGUACUGCUGUUUACCUCAUUCUAGAGGAUUUCUGCAACACAGCUUACCAGACCAUGAACCUCGCUAUUGACAAAUAUUCACUGGAUGUUGAGUCAGGGGAACAGGCAGACCCGUGCAAGUUUCAAGCAUGUAAUGGGUUUGCUGAAUGUACAGUGAACCAAUGGUCAGGUGAAGCUGAAUGUGUGUGUAAUGCUGGUUACUUCAGCAUGGAUGGACUACCCUGCCAAAGCAUCUGUGACCUUCAACAUGACUUCUGCUUGAAUGAUGGGAAAUGUGAUGUCAUUCCAGGCCAAGGAGCCAUCUGCAGAUGCCGUGUUGGGGAAAACUGGUGGUACAGAGGAGAACAUUGUGAAGAAUAUGUUUCUGAGCCACUCGUAGUUGGCAUUGCCAUAGCAUCUGUUGCCGGGUUCCUUCUGGUGGCGUCAGGAGUAAUCUUUUUCCUAGCAAGAACUCUGAGAGACCAAUAUGACAAGGAUGAGAUGGAGGACCCAGUACGGAGAGAGGACAGUCCACCAUUUCUAGACAUGGCCACUAAGUAUAACCCCAUGUUUGAGAGUGAUUUAACUACAAGCUACAGCCAUUACUACCAGCGGUACCCCGAACCCCCAGUCCACAGCAGCGCCAGUGCAGAGGCAUCCACAGAGUUCAGCAGUGAAGAGAUACGCCAUAUUUAUGAAAACAGUGAACUCACUAAGGAGGAUAUUCAAGAUCGCAUCCGCAUCCUUGAACUCUAUGCAAGAGAUCGUCAGUUUGCAGAUUUUCUGAAGCAGCAUCAAAUAACAAUGGAUAUUCAAAGAGAAAGUUCCUCCAGUAGUCAAUAGCUGCCCAGUGUCCAAUAGCCUGCUGAGUGCAAAAUAAUGAAGAAAGUUGUGUUGUCUUUUCGGGGAAAUGGCAUCUUAGUGAUUCCAGAGCAAUUUUACUUCAGCCUCUCUGAGACUUUGCCAUCACAAAUUAAAAUGGCUACAUAUGGACACUUCUUAAAAUAUGAUUCAAGACAGAAAAGGCUAUUUUUGUUUCUUUUUUUUUUUUGGUUAAAGACAAUUUUCUGUCAUAGAACGGGAUCUUAGUCACAGACAAUAUCCUUGUCAUUGUUUGAAAUGUGUUGUUAGUGCCUUCUAAUCUAAUCUGUGGCCCGUCUCUCGGACAAUCAAUCUUAAAUGUUAAAAGAAAAAGAUCCCUGAUGUAUUCAUCCUGAAAGUUACUUGAAUCACAGACCAUUCAUCUUGUAUUACCCUCUUAGUACAUUACCUUGUCUGAGAUUUUAUGCUCGUCUGUAUUGAAAUAAAUCAGACUGCUAUUUUUAAGACAAGUAAUCUCACUUGGUGGCCACCUUGGAAGCAUCCAGGCAGCUAUUUUCUAAGUAGGUAAUAGUUAUACAAAUACAGCUUCUGGAUACUUGAAGAUUUACCAAAAUCAAAAAAGACAUUUUCAAUAAGUGGAAAAAUA